AUGAGCCACAUCCCGAUCUUCUGCUGGAUCCUCUCCACAGUUCUACAGAAGAUUCUGGAACAAACAGAACCAGAGCUGCCCCGGACUCUCACACAGAUGUACACCCACUUCCUGGUGGUGCAGGCCAAAGUCCAGAACAUCAAGUAUCACCAGGGAUCAGGGGAGGACCUUCACUGGACUCCAGAGACCAGGGAGAUGACCUUCUUCAGCUCUGGAGAGAACCUGCUGAAGACACCACACUCCUCUGAAAGUCCUAAGUUUGAGGCAGCCUUCUACUGCUCUGCUGUGGACCAGGCCUUACAGAGUCCAAAUGGACACCUGGACCUGUUCCUGCGCUUCCUCCUAGGACUGUCUCUGCCGACCAAUCAGAGGCUGCUGCAGGGUCUGCUGACUCACACAGGAAUUGAAGAGACCAAUCGGGAGACAGUAAAGUACAUCAAACAGAAGUUGAAUGAAAAGGGUCUGUCUGCAGAGAGAAGUCUGAACCUGCUCCACUGUCUGAACGAACUGAACGACCAAAGUCUGGUGAAGGACAUACAGUGGUACAUGAGAGAAGGAGAACUCACCAAGUUAAAUUCCAAUGCUGAGUGGUCGGCUUUGUCCUUCCUCUUACUGUCCUCAAACUCAGACCUGGAGGAGUUUGACCUGAGGAAAUACCAGGCCUCAGAGACAGGUCUCCUCAAUCUGCUGCCGGUGGUCAGAGUCUCCACCAAAGUCCUUCUUUGUGGCUGUGGUCUGUCUCCUCACAGCUGUGCUCCUCUGGCCUCAGUCCUCAGCUCCUCCAGUCUCACACAUCUGGAUCUCACUAACAACGACCUCCAGGACUCAGGAGUGGAGCUGCUGUGUUCUGGACUGAAGAGCGCCCCCUGCAGACUGGAGACUCUCAGGCUGUCUGGAUGUCUGGUCUCAGAGAGGGGCGGGGCUGCUCUGGCCUCAGCUCUGAGCUCCGCCUCCUCCCACCUGAGAGAGUUAGACCUCAGCUACAACCAUCCAGGACCCUCAGCAGAGCUCCUGACCGCUCUACGGGACGACCCCCACUGCCCCCUGCAGUCUCUCAGGUUGGAUCCUGCUGGAGAACAGUGGAUGGUCCCAGGUCUGAGGAAGUAUUCCUGUGAGUUUUCUCUGGAUCCAAACACAGCUCACAAAGUCUUCAAACUGUCUGAGGACAAACGGACAGUGACCUGUAUGAGAGAGAAUCAGCAGUAUCCAGAUCAUGAGGACAGAUUUACAGGCUGCUAUCAGAUCAUGAGCUGCACUGGCCUGAGGGGGCGCUGUUACUGGGAGGUGCAGUGGAGCGGGUGGGGAACUGAAAUAGCAGUGAGUUACAGAGGAAUCAGACGGAGAGGAAAGAGAGAGGAGUGUUGGUUUGGACGCAACGAUCAGUCCUGGAGUCUGAGGAUCUAUGAUGGACUUUACUAUUUCUAUCACAACAACAGACAGACCGUCCUGUACUCCUACUCCUCCUGCUUCCUUCUCUCAGGUCGAGUGUCUGUGUUCCUGGACUCUGAGGCUGGAUCUCUGUCUUUCUAUGAGGUUCGCUCUGAUGGAGAACUGCGCCACCUCCACACCUUCAGCUCCUCCUUCACUGAGCCUCUGUUUCCUGGGUUUGGACUCUGGUAUGAAGAUUCCUCUGUGUCUAUGGUGAAUCUGAAGAGAGCGCCAUAUGUGAAUCUUUUAUGAUAUAAUGAUUCUUUCUGUCAAAACACAUAAAAAUGGACUUUAAAAAUGACAAAACAAUUAACAAAAAUGCUGAAUAUGAAAUGUACGCAAGUUCUUCUGUUUCAAACUGCAGAAGAGUGAACAAGGACAUGGAGCGGUCUACAGAAGGAUAACAGUGUCUGAGAGUUUCAGAGGGACAUCACUGUUUACAUGAUCACAACAUGUUGGUGAACGUGAAUGAACUUUAACCCUUGUGCUAUCCUCAAAUGUGCACCUCUGAGGUUAAAACAAUUUCCAAAUAAAUAAAGAGCAUAAACACUACAAGGCACACGAAGAACAGAGACAAGGCCAAGUCACGUGACCGGGUCAAAUGGACCCACAUAUCCAUGGGUCCAUUUGACCCGGGCACAUUUUUACCCCUCUGUAUCCCUUUGAGGAUAGCACAAGGGUUAAAAACACAGAGGAGCACAUGUCCAAAUGAAACAGAACAAACUCCAGGUACGUUUGUGAUCAGGAAAUGACAUUAGAACAGGGUUAAAGAGACCACAGAACAUCUCUGCAUAUGAACAACACACAUCACUACAAGUUGAAGAAAUAAAAUGAUUGGGUGUAAUCGUGGACUCGAAAUGAACAUGGAGCAGCCACAUCGAUCACGUACUGAAAAAAAAAUGGGUCAAAGUGUGGGCAUGAUCAGACACUGUAGAAAAUGUCUCCCACAGUGGUCGAUCAAACGUCUAGUACAGUCAUUAGUUCUUUCUCAGAUGGAUUAUGCAUCUGUCAUUUGGUCAAACACAUGUGAGAGGAACUUGUACAGGUUACAUCGCUCAGAAUAAAGCAGCGCGGCUUGUUUUGAACU